AUGGGCAACACCAUGGUCUCCAGCUACAACACUGACAAUGGAGACCAUCCUCAGGACGAUGUCAGUCUGUUUCCCCAAGAGCGGUUCCAGAUCUUAAGUGCUCUAGGGCAGGACAUCAAAAUCAACAAAAAAUUUUCCAAGGCUUCUUACAUGAGUCUUAGAGAUGACUUCUUCCAAAUGGCAGCUGACCUGAAUAAAUGUGGAAAAGAAGAAGCAGCCUUUAUUCUCUAUCAAAAAUUCCUCACAUUAUAUUUGGAAAAACUGAACAUUGGCCCAAAACUCCGAAAAAGGGAUGCGCAUGGAAGAAGAUCAAACUUCAUCAAGAUCCUAAACAUCGUUUUUGACAGGGCCGAGACUCUAAAGAGGAAACUACUAAACAAAUACAACAGGGAAUAUGAAAAAUACCUAAUGGAGAUGAAGCAGAAAGAGGAGGAAGCAGCAGAGCGGGCAGCCUUCUGGGAGGACUUUAUGUCCUCAGGAUGUUCCAGUUCUUGUACUAUUUCGUUUGAUCCAUUUUAUGGACUUAAAGAAAAGAAAAUUGGAGAAGUGGGACCUGGCCUAACAUCAACAGCAAAGAAGGCUCAACCUUCCUCAUUUCCAACCAAAACCUCCAGCUCACCACAGCAGUGUGCAGUAGAGGAUAACACUAAGUUUGUUACCUCAAGCAUAUCAUCAUGUGCCAAAGGACCUGAGGAAAAUGACCAAGAGGAAAGCACAGAAAACAGAAGUUGGGAAGAAGGACCUAGCACAGUAACAGCAAAGGAAGCUCAACCUUCCUCAGUACCAACUCAACUCUCCAGCCCACCACAGCAGUGUUCAAGCGAGGAGAAUGCUAAGGUCGUCACCCCAAGCACAUCAACAUCUGCCGAGCAGCCUGGGGAAAAUGGCCCAGAGGAAAGCACAGUUCAGAAAGUCAGAGGUCUACAUCCUGUGAUCCUCCCUCACGAUUUAUGUGAGAAAUUUCUAAAGUCUGCAAGGAAGAACACUAAGAAGAAAAUUGAGACCUGUGGAGUUUUGUGCGGAUCCAUGGACUGUGGCCAUGUCACCAUCCAGAACACUAAAGUGAUGAUCACUGAUUUACGAUGA